CCGCUGAUUGGAAUGAUGACAGUGUAGUGCGGUGCUCGGGGGGCGGAGCUAAGGUCUUCCUUCUUGUGAAUUACAUGUCAAUAAGGGAGAUCAUUAGACUGGGAGUCCCAUCUGACAGCUGGCCGGACAGAAUUAGACUGAGACCUUGCCAGACUGCACCUGUCCCCUCCCCUGCCUGUGUCUGCAGUCAGCAUGCUGAACUUGUGACAGUGAUCACAUUGUCCCUGGAGGGAUCCAUUAUACAGAUCACACACUGCUCUCUAUGCACUGGGGGAUUAUUAGGGGUGUGCCCAGGUAAUUGGUGCCCCUUCCUGGAGUUGUGACGAUUUGGGUGCUCACCUGGAGCCGACCCCCAUCACAGGCAUGAGACAUGGCGUCUGUCAAGGUGGCAGUGCGAGUCCGACCGAUGAACCGCAGGGAGAAGGAUCUGGAGGCUAAAUUUAUUAUUGGAAUGGAAGGCAAGAAAACAACAAUUACCAAUAUGAAGUUGCCGGAUGGGAUAUCCGGGGACUCUGGACGAGAACGGAACAAAACAUUUACCUACGACUUCUCCUACUUCUCAGCAGACUCGAAAAAUACAAACUACAUAUCUCAAGAAUGGGUUUUUAAGAAUCUUGGCAGCGACGUUCUUAAGUCGGCAUUUGAAGGGUACAAUGCCUGUGUCUUUGCCUAUGGACAGACUGGCUCUGGAAAGUCAUAUACUAUGAUGGGAAACCCGGGCGAUUCUGGUCUAAUACCCCGGAUUUGUGAAGGAUUGUUCAGUAGGAUUGCCGACGUUACGAGGAGGGGGAUAGCAUCAUUUCGUACAGAAGUCAGCUACCUAGAAAUUUACAAUGAGCGAGUGAGAGAUCUGCUGCGAAGGAAGUCAUCAAAAACCUUUAAUUUACGAGUUAGAGAGCACCCCAAAGAAGGUCCUUAUGUUGAAGACUUGUCAAAGCACUUAGUUCAGAAUUACAGUGACGUGGAGGAGUUAAUGGAUGCCGGGAACAUUAACAGGACCACAGCUGCCACCGGAAUGAAUGAUGUGAGCAGUCGAUCGCACGCCAUCUUUACCAUCAACUUCACUCAGGCUAAAUUUGAUGCUGAAAUGCCUUGUGAGACGGUAAGCAAGAUUCAUUUGGUGGAUCUGGCUGGAAGUGAGAGAGCCGAUGCUACCGGCGCAACUGGCGUGCGACUUAAAGAAGGAGGAAACAUUAAUAAAUCUCUUGUAACUCUGGGAAAUGUCAUUUCUGCCUUAGCUGAUUUAUCUCAGGACGCAACCAACCAUCUUGCGAAGAAAAAGCAAGUGUUCGUGCCUUACCGGGAUUCUGUUCUGACUUGGCUGUUAAAAGAUAGCCUGGGAGGAAACGCUAAAACUAUAAUGAUUGCCACUAUUUCGCCUGCUGAUAUCAAUUAUGGAGAAACCUUAAGUACACUUCGCUAUGCAAAUAGAGCCAAAAACAUUAUCAACAAGCCCACCAUUAAUGAGGAUUCUAAUGUCAAGCUAAUCCGCGAGCUUCGAGCAGAAAUCGCUCGCCUGAAAGCCUUGCUAGCUCAGGGGAAUCAGAUUGCACUUUUGGAUUCGCCAACGGCUUUAAGUAUGGAAGAAAAACUUCAACAGAAUGAAGCCCGUGUUGAAGAGUUGACUAAAGAAUGGACCAACAAGUGGAAUGAAACCCAGAACAUUUUAAAGGAGCAAACGCUGGCUCUCCGGAAAGAGGGGAUUGGUGUCGUGUUGGAUUCUGAGCUGCCUCAUCUCAUUGGCAUUGAUGACGAUCUUCUAAGCACCGGCAUUAUAUUGUAUCACUUGAAGGAGGGCCGCACCUAUGUCGGAAGGGAGGAUGCUGCAUCAGAACAAGACAUAGUUCUGCAUGGACUCGAUUUGGGAAGUGAACAUUGUAUCUUUGAAAAUCUCAAUGGUACAGUAACCCUUAUUCCACUGAAUGAAGCACAGUGCUCUGUAAAUGGAAUCCAGAUUGGAGGACCUUCUCAGUUGAACCAAGGGGCGGUCAUCCUCUUGGGUAGGACCAACAUGUUCCGCUUUAAUCAUCCAAAAGAAGCUGCUAAAUUGAGAGAAAAAAGGAAGAGUGGCCUUCUGUCCUCUUUCAGUUUAUCAAUGACAGAUCUGUCAAAAUCAUGUGAAAAUCUCUCGGCGGUGAUGCUUUACAAUCCCGGACUGGAAUUCGAAAGACAACAACGAGAAGAGCUGGAAAAACUGGAACAUAAGAGGAAAAUGAUAAAGGAGAUGGAAGAAAAGCAACAAUCGGAAAAAGCUGAACUAGAGAAAAUGCAGCAGGAAGUAGAAUCUCAGCGUAAAGAAACAGAGAUUGUCCAACUACAUAUCCGUAAACAAGAAGAAAGCCUAAAGAGGAGAAGUAUGGACAUUGAAACCAGGCUAAAAGACCUACUGGCCGAAAAGGAAAAAUUUGAAGAAGAGAGAACGAGAGAGCAGCAUGAGAUAGAACGGCAAAAAAAAAUGCAAGAAGAAGAGUGUUUUUUGAAGGUCCAGCAAGAACUUCAGAGGCUUCAAGAGCUGCAUAGUACCGAAAAAGCUGAGAAAAUAGAAAUCUUUAAAGAACUGGAAAAACUUAAAAAAGAAAAGGAUGAACAGUACAUGAAACUAGAGGUGGAGAAGAGAAGGCUGGAGGAACAAGAGAGAGAACAGUUGAAGAUUGUAUUCCGCCUUGAAGAGCAACUUCGAGAAAAACAGGAGAUGAUCCAGCUUCUAAAGCAGGGGGAUUUCUUGAGAUUAGAAGAAGAAAUCAGAGUUCUUGAAGAUGUCAGAGAAGAUUUUCUACGUGCUAAGGAGUCAAGGUCAGAAGGUGAAGAAGAUCUAGACGAGGUUGAGAAAGCAACAAAUAAAUAUACACAUUUUAAGAAAAUGCAGGUAGAGCAAUUGUCUAGUUUGGUGGAAGAUUUAAAUCAACAAAAAGAUUGUUUAGAGAGGGAAAUAAUUGCUGAUCGGGACAUCCUUGGUAGAUUUAAUCUCUUGAAUGUUGAUAAUAAGCAAGAAGAUGAUUGCACUCUGACAACCCCAGUAACAGAAGAUGGAGACACAAUAAAAAAAACAGAAUACCAACUGCACUGUAAGGAGCGACAACUUGGGUACAUAAAGCACAGCCAACUGCCUGCAUUGCUGGAUGAAAAGCAGAGAGCAUCUGAAAUUCUGGACAGCGGUCUGCUAGGGUUAGACAAAACUUUGUUUCAGAUUGAGAAAGAGAUUGAAGAAAAGGCAGAUCAGCUUGCACAAUUCCGAGCCAGUAGCGACCAACUACAGCACCUGCAGGAAACAUUUGAGUUUACUGCAAACAUUGCUCGCCAAGAAGAGAAAGUUAUAAAAAAGGAGAAAGAGAUACUGGAAUCGAGGGAGAAGCAGCACAGAGAAGCCUUGGAGCAAGCAGUUGCUAAACUGGAACGCAGGCAUUCCGCUCUCCAGAGACAUUCCACAAUAGAUGUUGAAAUAGAAGAGCAAAAGCGUACACUUGCGGCAAUGGACAGCAGCCAGGUACAGGCUGGUCUUCAAGCAAGCUUAGAAGCUGAACAGAAAGCUUUGGAGCAAGACAGAGAGCGGUUAGCUCAUGAAAUCCAACAGCUAAAGCAGAAGAUACACGUGACUGCUGAUCCACUUUCAAAAAGCUUUUUAGGAGCCCAAGAAGAAAAGCCUCCCCAUGCCACUUCUCCAGCAAGCCCGGUGAAAUCUCAGCCACAUUUUCUUCAUCUGACUGAUGACAGAAUACACGCAUAUAUUGAAGAAGAAGUACAGCGGCGGAUUCAAAAUAUUAAUUUGCCUUCCGAAGACCUCAGUGGCUUGAGUCUGUCUUAUUUUUCUGAAAUUGGAAAGGGAAAGGACAAUUUUUUGAACAGCAUUACUCAAAGAAAAAUGAAGUAUGAGAAAAUACAAGAACCUCGGGCAAACCCUGGAAAGGUAUCUUUACUUGAGAUUGGAUCCAUGCCGUUGCCGCCUACGAGACAAGCCAGGAUGGCAGUUGUUGAAAGGCAAAAUCUAAAUCCUGCUAAUUUAUAUUCUUGCUUCACAAGAAAAUGUUCUGACUCUCAAGAGAAACAUUUGAAAGAAGAGAAUGAGAAAGGGAAAAAUAGAUCAUCCAUUAGUGAAUAUUUUGACUUUCUGUCUGACAUAGAACGUGAACCAAGUCACCUUCUCAGUAGAGAGCUCUGUAACAGCAAAUGCUCUCAUCAAAAUAUUUCAUCUGCCGCUCAGAAAAUUCCUGCCAAGACCAAAGGAAAGCAUUUAGAAAGUGUAUCUGGUGACCGCGAUUUCUUUCAAAUGGAAUCUGACCGCACUUUCUUCCAGCAGAUGUCCUCCUCCGAGAUGAAGACGCUUGAUAAUGAGCAACCUGAGUGCAAUGAUAUAUUUCAUUGUAAUCUCUCUGAGACCAAUAUGCUUCCUGAAAAUGAGUUAAAGGAGAACAAGCUUUGCUGCCCAACUCACCAGGGUAUCCUCCAGCAGCCUCGUGCUUACCAGCGUGACUCUGAUUCUAGCAGCGAUAACUCUGUGUGCCAAAAUUUAACACAUCAAAAAUACAACCUGCAAAGUCUUUUUAGCAAGUUUUCUUAUCUUUAUAAACAGAGAAAUCUUCCAACCAUUCAGAAUGUUAUUAAGCAAGCUAAAGAAUUGUACAGCAUACAAGCUGAUAGCACACAGAACAUUCGGGGUCUUUCGUUUAUUAAAGAUUUGCCAUUUGGAAAGUAUUUACCGUUCAUAGAGUCAAACAGGCUAAAUAAAGGUUGCACUACUUCUGAUCCAUAUGACAACAAGGUAAAGGUUUACAGCAUUGGCCAAUCAGAUGUAGAUGAUAAAAAUUCUGAACAACUGGUGCUGUUUGAAUUGUCUAUGAGGGAAGGAUCAGAAGAUUGUGAUGGCCAAAAAUGCUAUUCUGUCACAGGAGAAAGUGCCAGUUUGGUCUCGCUUGCAUUCCUGAAGUUUCCUAAUAAGUAUUUCAAACUGAUGGACUACUCUUUUGAUGAACUUUUGGAUUACUUCAUCUGCACAUUGCCAGACUUUCAUGUUGACAAGAAUCAGUUUAAAGGUCUAUAUUGGCAUUCUCUUGGCUGCAGGAAUCUCCAAGAACCCCAGCCAGCCUGUUUACUUAUGUUCACAUCAGACCUUUUCUUUAUUUUAUUUCUGGGCCAUGCUCCGAAACUUAUUUGUUCUCUUCCUCUGACUUCUUUGCAAGAAAUUCACAUUUGUUUUGGCGGACAAAGUGUACACCUCCUGGGAACAUUUGAGUCCUCGCCUCUGGCUGUAUAUACAUUUGACAACCGCUGUACCCUGCAGCUAUGUCAAGACUUAGCAAAAAUGUUGAUGCCUGAAUUGAGCUACGAAAGACUCGUCAGUCAUCCAUUGCUGAGUAUGGAUCUGAUGGAACUGUCAACUGACUGGAAUGCUGAUGUAUCUGACAUUGUCUGCUCUAAUGGCUUUAAACUGACUUGUAACUUCAAAAAUGCAUUAGCAGAUAUGGUCUAUCUCAUUCAUGAGAACAUCAACGGCUUCAAGCCACCAUUAGGAGAUAUGCGUUUGUUGAUGUACACAGCCAUUAAAGUUGAAACAGGGAGGGCGCAGGGUGUGUAUACAUGGCUAGCGCUUACAAACACAUCUGUUGCUCUUGUACAUGACGAAGCAUUGCUUCCAGGCUUGUGUUCUUUAUCUUCAACUUUUAACCAAAUAAAAAUCCACAGUUUGACUGAGGUCAGAUGCAUUAUCUUUACAGACAAAGAUAAUUUAACAAAAAUGACUCUCGUUUUCUCCAGUAGUGGCAAUGAGCUGCACACGCCUGUGGAAACAGAUGGCUUAAUUUCAGUUAUUUCCGAGAUGCCUGCAGAGCACAGGUUAUCUUCAGUAACUGAUGCAUGGAGACUUACCUUCAGCUCCCAUAAACAUGCACUUUUUCUUAUUAAACAUCUCACAAACUAGUCAACCUGUAAAAAAAAAAAUGUAUGUAUGCCAUAUCUACUUUGAUUAUAACCCCUUCAUGGUCAGGGUAUUUUGUGCCUUCAUGAUCAGAGUUUUUCUUUUCAGUGGAGAUCUGGCCACCAUGGCUUCACAAGAUUAAAUAAGCCUUGCUGUUUCAUUCCCUGGGUUAUUCUAGCAUACAGUGGAUUCCCUGCUCACCAUGUUGAUCAGUAAUGGUAAAGAAUAUGUAUUAAUGGGGGCCACAAGCCUCAAUGGACUACUGGUUGUACAAGCGAAACUCAACUGUCUGGAAAGGGCUUUUAAGGGCUUUUAAGCACAUUCAGGUCACCUGGGCAUGCAAGUUUAUUCCCAUAGAGCAGGGAGACAAUUUCUCUGAUGUUGACAUACCCAACUCAAAGUAAACCAUAACUGGACACGAUUUUCUUACCUGCCCAAUCUCCUAUUUUCAAUCUUUCAGCUAGGUUGGUGCCCAUAGACAUGACAUUGUUGACUUUUUUUUACACGCUUGUGGUUUAACUGACCUAGUUGUAACCUAAACAGGCACUGUGUACAUUUAUAAUUUUUAUGAACUUCAUGAGAUUAAGAUGAAAAAAAAAAAACUAACUAAAUGACUUAUGCUUGAUUGCAAAGCUUCACAAUUUGUGUGUUCAAUUUCCUUUAUGUGCGAUUCAAUAUAAUCUGUUAGUGACUUUAUUUUGUCACGGUAGCUUGACACUUUUGAAUUUGACAUUGCAAUGAAUAAAAUAUCGAUUGGGAAAGUAA